CACUGAAACGUAGAAACCCUAGUUGGGUUCAGAGUUGAAUAACAAAAAAAAAAAAGUUGAUAUGCUUUGGAUGUGAACUAUUAUAAAUUAUUAAUUAAUAUAAAAAAAUAUUGAUAACAAAAUAAUUAACAAUUGAUAAAAACAAAUAGUUUAAAAUGGCAGUGCGAUUAUUGAAAGAUCCAUCGACAGCAAACUGUCGGGUGUUCGUUGGCCACCUGCAGACCGAGGAUAUGAAUAAAAUGGAAUUCGAGCAGCAUUUUUCAAAAUACGGAACAGUAAUCGGGUCAUUGAUAAAUCGCGGCUUCGGAUUUAUUCAGUAUGAGAAUGAAAAAGCAGCACAAGCGGCCAUUCAGAGUGAGAAUGGGCAAAUGUUUAAAGGAAGAAGAAUAGAUGUUAAGCCUGCCAAGAAGGAUACUCAUGGUGGUGGCGGCGGUGGAGGUGGAGGUGGAAGUGGAGGCGGUGGUGAUCAGAAGAAUAAUCAAUUUUCACCUCGCAGCGGUGGAGGCAACCAGAGCUUCAAUCAGAAAAACACGAGCUUCAAUAACUCAAAUUGCGAUGACUCCUUUGACGAUAAUGAUAACAAUAAAAAUUCUGGUAAUUCAUCCGGUCACGAUGGAUUUAAUUCAAAUGAUAACAAUAACUCUAACCGUGAUGACGAUGGUAGUGAUUACCAGCAGUUUAAUUCAAACCAGAAUGAUUCCUUCAAUAACAGCAACAAUGGAGGAGCUGGUGGUAAUAAUCAAGGAAAAGAUAAUAAAGAUCAGUUCAAUUCAUCAGGUAAUCAGAAUAAGAACAAUAAUAUGAAUCGUAUGGAUGAUGACAAUAGCAAUGCAUCGUCUGGUUCACAAAAUAAUCGUAGUGGAGGUAAUCAAAACCGGUCGGGAAAUAAUAAUCGUAACCAAGGAUCAAAUAAUCAAAGGCAACGUGGGAAUCGUGGUGGUAAAAACAGAAACAAAAAUCGAUCGGGUGGUGGAGAUAAUUCUGGAAAUUUCCGUGAUCGCAGUCCAUUAAAUCGUGGGCCGAUGAACCGCGGUCCCGGUGGCCCAGGGAAUGACGAUAAAAAUAAUCGUGAUUGGGGUGAUCACAAUAUGAUGCGUAAUAAUUUUAAUAGAGACAAUUUUAAUGACAACAAUCGAUUUGAUGAUCGGUUUAAAGACCCAAUGGGUAUGGGAAAUAAUUUAGGCGGAGGUCCAGGUCUUAUGGGAGGUAUGGGAGGACCUGGGCUUGGAGGUCUUGGUGGUCCAGGUCUUGGCGGUCCUGGUCUCGGUGGUCCAGGUCAUGGUGGCCCGGGUCUUGGUGGCCCUGGACCCGGCGGACCCGGUAAUUUUGGUAGAAUGGGUGGACCUAAUGAGUUUCCAAUGCCAGCAGCAGCUCCAGCGGUUGAUAAAAAUGACUGUGAGAUUAUUGUGGUCCACAAAAAUUUAACUGAGUACGCAGAAGCUAUCGAAGCGCGUCUGAAAAAAAUGGGACUGACUGUUGAUUUGUUGUUUCCCAAUGAAGAAGUCCCGCUGAGUCGUGUGUUGGGUAACAUCGCCAACCGGGGAUGUCUUUAUGCUGUUGUUAUUAUGCCGAUUAAUAUGGAACAUCAUUCCUUGACUCUAAAUAUUCUUCAUGGACUACCUCAAGAGCACAGAAAUAUGCCAGCAGAUGACGCAUUGGCAUUAAUAAACCGCGAUUUUAGUAAUUAUAAAUCAGGAGGUCGGGGGGUGCCAUUUAAUACACCAUUUGCUACUGACAGACAUCCAGAUGCCAUCCAAGUUUUGCUGAACAUGCUAGCAGACAAUCAUCAGCUGACUGUAUUACAGUACGAGCGCGUUAUCAAAUACUUGGAAGUAAAACGCGAAGAGCAAGUGCAGAUUGAGUUGGGCGAUGCCAAAGAUUUGGCGGGAGCUUCUCUGGCUGCCAACGAUCCGAAACAAGCUGAGCUGCAGUCCAGAAUUUUAAACAUUUUAAACAGUAAUAAAUCUAACGCUCCGGUACCAAGUCCUGUGCCGGCUCCUGCCCCAGUACCAGCGCCUCUGUUGCCGCCAGCAUCAACAACAGCAACUCCAUCAGCGUCAUCAGUAACAGGUACAGCGACAGUGACACCAUCGCCUUUGCUUAAUGAUCCGACAGUACAAAAAGCUCUCGAUAGUCUUCUCCAAGGAAAUUUACUUAAAAGUAUCGGAGAUUCACAACCAGCUUCCAAUUCAACUUCAACAUCUCAACCGCUCUUCGCUGCAUUCUCAAAUAUUAAUCGUUUCUAAUAAAUUUACUGCUCAUAAUUAUUCAUUAUUAUUUAAUUUUAAUUGAUAACAAUAAUUACUGUCUCACAUUUUUUUUUUUUAAAGAAAUAUUCAAACUUCUACUUCGUAUUAGUAAAUUUCUACGCUAAUUAUAUAUUUAUAUAUAUGUUUGUUUUCUGUGAUUAUGAUUACGAUUAUGAUUAUGAUUACAAUUAAAUAAAAAAUGGAUGUGUACAUUCCUACACAUAAAUUAUACUUUUUAUUUUACAAUAGCACAUAGAAUUCUGAUAUGAGUGAAAUAAAUAUAUGAUGAUAUUUAAUGUUUAUUGUUAAUUUAUAAUUAUAAUUAAGAGAAGCUUUCAGUUUCGCUACUCAUUAAAAAAUUUUUUUAGUUUCGUUCCACGUUUUUUUUUAAUUUAAUAAAAUUUGGGUGUAAAUCAGCCGUCAAUUGAUGUAAUGAAAUUUUUAAAUUUAUUUUGGCGGGUAAAUUAUUAAAUUUAAAACUAAAAUUUUUUUAGACACAUGUGCGAAAGUUUAAAUUUAUUAUGCGGAUAAAAUAAAUGCAUAUUUUAAUUUUUAAUUACAAUAAUAUUUACUAAUUAUAUAUAUAAUUAGUUUCAAUUAGUUUUUAAAAACUGACAUUGUAACUGAUACAGAAAAUUUUAUUUAUUUAAUUUUGAAUUUCCCACUAAAUAAAUUAGAGUCGCGUGGGUUAAAAAUAAUAUUUAUUUUUAAUGUAAAUGUUAAAUUAAUUAAAAAAAUUUUAUUCAGCCGAUUGAUGACUAAUUUAAUUUAAAAAUUAAAACUUUUUCAUUUUAUUUGCCGCCAAUUUUUACGACUGCAUUUGAAGAGAGACUCAAUCAUUUAAAUUUAUCUAAUAAUUUGAACGUAAUUAGAUUUGUAAAAAUAAUUUUUCCAUGAAAAAUAAUUAGUGUUGAUAAAAAAAAAAACAAAUUUCUUCUCACUGAAAACUUCUCUUAAUUAAUUACAAUAAUGAUUAUAAUUAUCACACCUUUGAAAAUGAACUUGUCACAGUAAUAACUAAAAAGUAAUAAAAAUUGUAUUACAUAGUAAAAAAUUUGUAUUUUAAUUCCACGUCGACUAAGGAUCUAAAAGAAAAAAAAUUUAAUUAAUUAAAGUUAUAAAUAAUUAAUCAUAAUAAUUUUAUUUUUAUGCGAUAGCAAACAUGAAAAAUUGGCGUAGCUGCGGCAUCCAACAAAGCAAAAGAAAAAGAAAA